GUGUGCUGGACUGUAAUGAUCCCAGGGCCAAGUUGCCUGCCUGUGGUGUGUGGUGUGGGGGGGAGGCCUGGGGCAGCAGGAGCAGGACAGCCGGACAGGAAGGCCCGACGAGGUUCGAGCACUUCAACUUCUCUCCCUGAGACACUGUUCCAACUCCGGGGGCCAUAGGCCAAGCUGAGUGAUGGGUGCUGAGGAGGAGGUGCUGGUCACACUAUCAGGGGGAGCCCCCUGGGGCUUCCGACUUCAGGGGGGUGCCGAGCAGAGGAAACCCUUACAGGUGUCUAAGAUUCGAAGACGGAGCCAGGCUGGCAGAGCAGGACUCCGAGAGAAGGACCAGCUCUUGGCAAUCAAUGGGGUCUCUUGCACCAACCUCUCCCAUGCCAGUGCCAUGAGCCUCAUCGAUGCCUCAGGAAAUCAGCUUGUCCUCACUGUGCAGCGGGUUGCAGACGAGGGUCCUGUGCAAUCUCCAUCUCCCCAUGAGCUUCAGGUGCUGUCACCCUUAUCUCUACUGAGUCCUGAGCCCCCUGGUGCUCCAGUUCCUCAGCCUCUUCAGCCUGGGAGUCUUCGUUCACCUCCUGAUAGUGAGGCUUACUACGGAGAGACUGACAGUGAUGCUGAUGGUCCUGCCACGCAGGAGAAGCCUCGCCGACCUCGCCGCCGAGGCCCCACAAGGCCCACCCCUCCGGGUGCCCCACCUGAUGAGGUCUACCUGUCUGACAGCCCUGCAGAGCCAGUACCUACUAUCCCUGGCCCUUCCAGCCAGGGUGACAGCCGUGUGAGCUCCCCGUCUUGGGAGGAUGGGGCAGCCCUUCAGCCACCCCCAGCUGAGGCUCUGCUGUUACCCCAUGGCCCUCUCCGGCCUGGUCCUCAUCUCAUCCCUAUGGUGGGGCCUGUUCCCCACCCGGUGGCAGAAGAUCUUACUACCACCUACACCCAGAAGGCCAAGCAAGCCAAACUGCAACGUGCAGAGAGCCUCCAAGAGAAAAGCAUAAAAGAGGCCAAGACCAAAUGCAGGACAAUUGCAUCCUUGCUCACUGCAGCCCCCAACCCCCACUCCAAAGGGGUGCUUAUGUUUAAGAAACGGCGGCAGAGAGCCAAGAAGUACACUCUGGUGAGCUUCGGGGCUGCUGCUGGGACGGGCGCUGAGGAGGAGGAGGACGGCAUUCCCCCCACGAGUGAGUCGGAGCUGGACGAAGAAGCCUUCUCCGACGCCCGCAGCCUCACCAAUCAAUCUGACUGGGACAGUCCCUAUCUGGACAUGGAGCUUGCCAGGGCGGGCUCAAGAGCAUCAGAGGGCCAGGGCUCUAGGCUGGGAGGGCAGCUGAGUGAGGUCUCUGGGCGAGGGGUGCAGCUCUUUGAACAGCAGCGCCAGCGCGCAGACUCCAGCACCCAGGAACUGAUGCGGGCCGAACCAGCAGCCAUGCUCAACGGGGAGGGCCUGCAGUCACCACCUCGGGCCCAGAGUGCUCCCCUAGAGGCGGCUGUGCUCCCACCCAGCCCAUUGCCGGCCCCUGUAGCCAGCCCCAGACCCUUCCAACCAGGUGGUGGAGCCCCGACCCCAGCUCCAAACAUCUUUAACCGGUCAGCCAGGCCCUUUACCCCGGGCCUAAAAGGGCAGCGGCCAACUACCACCUCGGUUAUUUUCCGGCCUCUAGCCCCCAGGAGGGGCAACGACAGCCUGGGGGGCCUUAGCCCCGCCCCACCCCCCUUCUUGUCUUCUCCGCAGGGGCCCACCCCUCUGCCCAGCUUCACGUCAGGGGUUCCCAGUCACGCGCCAGUCUCUGGUGCCCCCAGCACCUCACGCUCCUCGGGCCCUGUGACAGCCACCAGCUCCCUGUACAUCCCAGCCCCCAGUCGGCCUGUCACUCCAGGCGGAACCCCAGAGCCCCCCGCUCCUCCUAGCGCAGCUGCCAUGACCUCCACAGCUUCUAUCUUCCUGUCUGCGCCUUUGCGACCCUCUGCGCGCUCAGAGAUGCCUGCCCCAGGUCCAGGGGCUCCUGAGCCCCCCAGCGCUCGGGAGCAGCGCAUCUCUAUGCCAGCUGCCCGCACGGGUAUCCUGCAGGAGGCCCGGCGCCGGGGGACCCGGAAGCAGAUGUUCCGGCCGGGAAAGGAGGAGACGAAGAACUCGCCCAACCCCGAGCUGCUAUCGCUGGUACAGAACCUGGAUGAAAAGCCCCGGGCAGGGGGUGCAGAAUCUGGUCCUGAGGAGGAUGCUCUGAGCCUGGGGGCUGAAGCCUGCAACUUCAUGCAGCCAGUAGGGGCCAGGAGUUACAAGACCCUGCCUCCCGUGACACCUAAGACCCCCCCUCCAGUGGCUCCCAAGACCCCGCCCCCUAUGACUCCUAAGACUCCACCCCCAGUGGCUCCUAAGCCCCCAUCUCGAGGGCUCCCUGAUGGGCUCGUGAAUGGGGCAGUCUCUUCAGCUGUAAUCCCUGAGCCACCAAGGCUGCAGGGCAGGGGUGGGGAGCUGUUUGCUAAGCGGCAGAGCCGUGCGGACAGGUAUGUGGUGGAAGGUACACCUGGUCCUGGGCCUAGAAGUCCUUCUCCUACCCCGUCUCUGCCCCCUUCCUGGAAAUAUUCACCCAACAUCCGUGCCCCACCUCCUAUUGCUUACAACCCACUGCUCUCUCCCUUUUUCCCCCAGGCGGCCCGAACUCUCCCUAAGGCCCAAUCCCAGGGGCCUCGGGCAACACCCAAGCAGGGCAUCAAGGCUCUAGAUUUUAUGCGGCAUCAGCCCUAUCAACUUAAAACUGCCAUGUUCUGUUUUGAUGAGGUUCCCCCGACUCCUGGCCCUACCGCCUCAGGGGCCCCCAAAACUGCCAGAGUCCAGGAGAUUCGCCGGUUUUCCACUCCGGCGCCCCAACCCACUGCAGAACCCCUGGUUCCCACUAUGCUUGCCCCGCGAGCAGCCACUACACUGGAUGAGCCCAUCUGGAGAACAGAGCUGUCCUCAGCCCCUGUUCCUAGCCCAGCCCCUCCUCCAGAGUCUCCCAGGGCCCUUGGGGCUUCUCCCAGCUCCUGUGGUUUCCAGGUAGCCAGGCCCCGAUUCUCAGCCACCAGAACAGGAUUGCAGGCUCAUGUGUGGAGGCCUGGGGCAGGGCACCAAUGAGCAGGCACAGGUCCCAGGACCAAGGAGAGGUGGAACAUCCAGUUCCUAAAGUUGCUGCUCCUACCCUAUCCCACCCCCUGUCACUGGCAUCUGGAAGCUAAAUUGCCUCCUGCCAGAGAUAGUUUCCAAGUUGAUGUCCCCGUCCCCCACCUUCCUCCUCACUCUCUACCUCCCUGCCGCUUUCCAACCAACUAUGUCUGCUUUGGUAUCUUUGCCUCUCUUUGUCUCUGCAUUUCCUUGCCUGGAUCUCUGUCUUUAUUUCCAGGCUUCUCCACCCAUAUUCCUCCACAGAUCUCUCUUCCUUGACAUUUGUGCUUUUCUCCGUGGGCCUCAUUUUAAUGUUCAGUGAGAAGUAAACAGAGCAGAAGUGACCACUGGGACCUUAAGCAAGAAGCUCACCACCAGGCACACAGCAAAGAGACCGAACUGACCGUUGUUUGCCCUAAGCCACCCUUACCCUCCACUCUGCUUUCCCAAGCUUGGCUGGCAUAUAUCUAGGCCUGUGUGUGUGUGUGCGCGCACAGAUAUGCUCUUCCGUCUGAAGCAUGAGUAAGAGAGGAGAUCAAAAUAAAGACCCAAUCUGAGUCUUAUUGUUGUACUGAUAGAAGGGUCAGAUAUCCCCAAAUGGAGUUGAGUGGGAGAAAGAGAUUCACUAGAGAAUAACUCCUUAGAGACCAAUGUCUGUAGCAGGUGUACAGCAUCUUGUGAAAGUUAUGGAGCAUGAAAAAACUGAAGGGCCAGGAAAGUUUGCAUGGGCUGAGUUAUAUCAGCUAGACCAGGAAUAGAACAAAUAAUUCUAUUCCUCAGGAUUUCAGAAAGUUAGCAACUUGAGAGGCCAGUGCUGAGCAACCCAGUACCCAGGAAAUGAAAAAAAAGAAAGAAAAUUCCCUCUGAGAAUGAACAGAUCAUUGGCUUCAUUGCCUCAUGAGCUUGAGAGAAAGGAGAAGAGAGUCAGAGUGUGGAGAGUGAGGCUGAAACCAGAAGCAUGGCAGAAAUGAGUUUAAAUGAUUGAGCCACAAACAGAAGUAUGGUGAGGGACAAUGCCAUAUUGGGAAAAAGUAAAGUUGAGUAACAAGAAACCAACUGUGUGUGAGAAGGGAAUUGGAAAAAAAAUUUGAGGGAGAAGAAUGUAUUUGUUAGAAUGGAAAGGGAUGAUGGCUGAAGGGAGGUGUGAGGGUGUGUGCUGAGCGUUGAAAGAACAGUUGGUGUCUGUGUGACUUUCCUUGAGUCUGUCCUUCAGUGUGUCUUCUACAGCUUGCCAUGACUACCUGGGAAAGAGCAGAGAAACACCCAGAAACCUCUUUUCAGUACCACCCCAUCCCUCAACACCCCAGCUCUUGCUUCUUUUCAGCUUCAGGUCCUGAUCUCCGAUCUUAGAGGAGUGUGGACUCCCUUCUCACCAAGACCGCCAUGAGCUAUGUUUACCGUUUAAUCUGGAAAGUGAUAAUUUUUCUUUGCUUGUUGGGUGUGAGUCACAAUACUUUGGUUUGUGCACAAGAAUAAAUUUAUGCCCCAUA